UAAUCAGGUUUUUAUCAUUGACAUGUAACAUGAUGAGGUCAGAAGUAGCUGAUACUUCCUUCUUUCUCGUGGUGUUACUUUAGAGAGGACUUUAUCUCUUCUGCUGAAGUUAAUGUGUGACCCGCUCUUCUGACCCAGUUGUGAAAUGGACCGGCCUUGAAGGACUUCUGGGAGGGUUUUGUGAGAAAGCAGCUUAUCUCAGCUCAGAUGCAGGUAUAAAACACCGCUCUCAGCUCCAGAGUCAGUGUGGAUUUACAUGAACCUGCAUCUUCAUCAUCUUCAUCUUCAUCUUCUUCAGUCUGAUCGACAUGGGUGUUGCGUACAGCGUGGGAGAAGUCGAUCAUCUGUACACGUUCUUCGUCCAGUGGUCUCCAGAGACCAUCUACAGCAAACACAGCAGCAAACCGGACUUCCUCAGGGUCCAUCCGGAAGCGCUCGACGUGAUCGACUCUCUGCUCAGCAGUUCUGCAUCAGAAACAUGGGAGAUCGUGACUGUGAAGCAGCAGAACAAGCGGCGUCCGAGCGUCUGUAGCUCCGCAGACUCUGAAGCUGACGAGCCGCUGCCGGUUCUAAUAGACCAGAGUCAGAUUCUGAACGAACGGCAUCUGGAACACCUGACCAAUCACAUCCCGGCGAGGACGCAGGGUUCCUCUUGGAAGCUGGUGUACAGCACGGUGGAGCACGGCACCAGCCUGACCACACUGUACCGACAGAUGAGAGAGUUAGACAGACCCGUGCUGAUGGUCAUCAGAGACACGGACGACCAGGUGUUUGGAGCGUUUUCCUCCGAUCCGUUCAGAGUCAGCAGCUACUGCUACGGGACGGGAGAAACCUUCCUCUACAGCUUCAGUCCCGAGUUUCAGAUCUUCCGCUGGAGUGGAGAAAACUCCUACUUUGUGAGAGGAUUCCUGGACUCUCUGCAGAUGGGAGGAGGAGGGGGUCCGUUCGGCCUGUGGCUGGACUCGGAUCUGUACCGCGGCUCCAGUUACUCCUGCAACACCUUCUGUAACCGUCCUCUCAGCCUCCAUCACGACUUCACCGUGCGGGAUCUGGAGGUGUGGAGCUUCGUCUGAGAGAAGAACAACAGCAAACCGCCUCGACUCGUCCGGUCACUCAUCUCUUCCUCUGAACCAAGAGAGUUACUGUCAAGACAAGUCCAGGCAGGAUUUGCGGCUUUAAUUCCCGUUUGCAGUAACUGAACACAUUCCUCAAGCCCUGGGGAUCAAGCGUGCUGCCUACGUAGGGCACACUAGAUCUGACACGAGCCCUUGAGUACUACUGACACUCACGGUUUACUGUCUGUACUGUGUUUAAUAUGCACUUAGACUGAUUUCCAUGUGAAAAGGAAAAGGGUUUGCUGUGUGCUAGUGAUGUUUUUUACUCUAUUUAAUAUCUGUGAUCACAUGUUGAGUUGUGUUUGUCACGCAGUGCUGGCGCUGUGUUUCUGGGUUUCUAAUAAAACACAUGGUUUUUUAUCAAACUGAA